AUGUCGUACCAACAACAACCACCUCCCCAGGGAUACUACCCUCCCCCAGGAGGCCAAUACCCGCCCCCGGAAGGCCAAUACCCACCCGCCGGUGGCCAGUACCCCCCUCCCCAGCAGAUGCAGUACGCCAACGCUCCGCCGCAGCAAGAACCGUCCAAGGACCGCGGAUGUCUGACCACCUGUCUCCUCACCAUGUGCUGCUGCUUUCUGUGCGAGGAAUGGUGCGAAUGCUGCUUCGAAGCGGCCGAAUGUUGUUGUUGUGGCUGUUAG